CUUAGCUACGGGUUUGGGAGCUACGCCCCAAGAUGAAGUGAGAGGCUUGGCCCCGUCAAAGGGCUCCCUGAGAGUCCCCUCCUUCCUCCUCCUUAACAUGCUGGUCAGCAGUGCAGGGAUUAGGAAAGCCAGCUCCGCUCAGGAACUACAGACACACCGGGGAUUGAAAUAAGCGUGAAUCAUGCCCGUCGUCAUCUGUGUCGGCUGGGAGCGUAGCCGAAAUUGUGAAAGAUACGGAUAAUACUAGGAGGAGGAGGAGAGGUGGAAAGAGUCACGCUCCCAGGUCUCUUCCUUGUGGAAAAUGCCUCUUCGGGGACUCCGCUGCUGCUGCUCGGACCCGUCGGAUUAUGCCGCCCACCUCUCGUGUGUUUUAUUUUAAACAAGAAGACGAAGAAGAAGAAGAAGCAGUGACCUGGUUAAGAGCCGCAUAAACAGGCAGAAAACGUUAGGGCGUGUGGGAUAUACUUUCAAUAAAUUGCGAGGGAUUUUCAUCGAGAGUUAACAAGAAGGAAAAAAAGUUGUGGCCGCUUGCUGGUGUUUUAUAUAUAUAAAAAAGGAGCAAACAUGGGAAACGCAGGGAGCAUUGACCAGCACACCGACCACCGACACAACAUGCCCCUGAAACUGCCCAUGCCAGAGUCGGGGGAGCUGGAGGAGAGGUUCGCACACGUUCUGAACUCAAUGAAUCUUCCUCCAGACAAGGCCCGACUGCUGCGACAAUAUGAUAAUGAAAAGAAAUGGGAACUAAUCUGCGAUCAGGAGCGAUUUCAAGUGAAGAACCCACCUCACACGUAUCUCCAGAAGCUAAGGAGUUAUCUAGACCCUGCAGUGACACGAAAGAAAUUCAGACGGAGGGUACAAGAGUCCACCCAAGUCCUGAGAGAACUGGAAAUUUCGUUGCGGACCAAUCAUAUAGGGUGGGUGAGGGAGUUCUUAAAUGAAGAGAACAAAGGCCUAGAUGUGCUGGUUGAGUACCUUUCAUUUGCGCAGUACGCUGUCACUUAUGAUGGUGACUGCUUGGAAAACAAUGCAGAUGUUAUGAUGGACAAGUCCAAGACUUGGGGCCGGUCUAUAGAGGACCUGCAUGGAGGGGGUACCCUGCCAGCCCACAUCACGGGGAAUGGCAUCACUCGGGGCGGGCGGCACUCCACGUUACGCUGCAGCACACUGCCGAGCAGGAGAACACUGAAAAACUCCAGGCUUGUCUGUAAAAAGGACGACGUCCAUGUUUGCAUCAUGUGCCUACGUGCCAUCAUGAACUAUCAGUAUGGCUUCAACAUGGUCAUGUCACACCCACAUGCUGUGAAUGAAAUUGCACUAAGUCUCAACAAUAAAAAUCCACGAACCAAAGCUCUGGUGUUGGAGCUCCUGGCGGCAGUUUGUCUCGUGAGAGGAGGCCAUGAAAUUAUUCUCUCUGCCUUUGAUAACUUCAAGGAGGUAUGCGUGGAGUCACAGCGGUUUGAGAAGCUGAUGGAGUACUUCAAGAAUGAAGACAACAACAUUGACUUCAUGGUUGCAUGUAUGCAGUUCAUCAACAUUGUUGUGCACUCAGUGGAGGACAUGAACUUUAGAGUUCACCUACAGUAUGACUUCACCAAGCUGGGCUUGGAUGACUACUUGGAUAAACUGAAGCAUACAGAGAGCGAUAAGCUCCAGGUCCAGAUCCAGGCCUACUUGGAUAACGUGUUUGAUGUUGGAGCGCUGCUUGAGGAUGCGGAGACCAAAAAUGCUGCCCUGGAGCGAGUGGAGGAGCUGGAGGAGAACAUGUCGCAUAUGACAGAGAAGUUGCAGGACAUGGAGAAUGAAGCUAUGGCCAAGAUUGUGGAGCUGGAAAAACAGCUGAUGACGAGGAACAAGGAACUUGAAGCCAUCAAAGAAGUCUACAAAGACUCCACCUCGCAGAUUCACUCGCUGAGGCUGAUGCUUAAAGAGAAGGAGGAGGCCAUCCAGCGCCAGAGUAAGCUGGAGAAGAAGAUCCACGAGCUGGAAAAGCAGGGAACCAUUCGGAUCCAGAAGAAGGGAGAUGGAGAUAUCUCAAUCUUGCCUUCUUCGCUGCCUGGUGUGGAGGGUCUGCCGGGUGCCAUGGUGGGAGCAAACGGGAUGGCUGCCUGUCAGAACAAUGCAGGAGUUGCAGGAGGCAUGUUUUCUGUACCUGCUCCUCCACCUCCUCCGCCGCCAGUCAACGGGCAAUUAUCAAAUGGACCAUCGAUGGAAAUUCCCGCUGUAGCUGCCCCACCUCCACCGCCGCCACCCCCUCCACCGCCGCCGCCCCCCGGGCUCCCGUCAGAGAUUUCUGCCCCUCUGCCUCCUCCACCUCCACCUAUGGCGCCCCCGCUUCCCGGCUCUGGGACGCCCACUGUGAUCAUGAAUUCAGGAUUGGCAGCCGUUAAGAUCAAGAAACCCAUCAAGACGAAGUUCCGCAUGCCUGUCUUCAACUGGGUAGCUCUGAAACCAAAUCAGAUCAACGGGACCGUCUUCAACGAGAUCGAUGACGAGAGGAUACUCGAGGACCUGAAUGUUGAUGAGUUUGAGGAGAUAUUUAAGACUAAAGCUCAGGGCCCAUCCAUCGACCUCACCAUGAGCAAGCAGAAGGUCACUCACAAGGGACCCAACAAGGUGGCCCUGCUGGACUCCAACAGGGCAAAGAACCUGGCUAUCACACUGAGGAAAGUGGGCAAGACGACUGAGGAGAUCUGCAAGGCCAUUCAGCUAUUCGACCUGCGGACUCUGCCGGUAGAUUUUGUGGAGUGUCUGAUGCGCUUCCAGCCCACCGAGAACGAGGUCAAAAUCCUGCGACAGUUCGAGAAGGAGCGCAAGCCUCUGGAGAGCCUGACUGACGAGGACCGCUUCAUGAUGCAGUUCAGCAAGAUCGAGCGGCUCAUGCAGAAGAUGACCAUCAUGGCCUUCAUCGGAAACUUCAGCGAAAGCGUGCAGAUGCUCACGCCGCAACUUCAUGCCGUCAUUGCAGCGUCUGUGUCCAUCAAGUCAUCUCAGAAGUUAAAGAAGAUUUUAGAGAUUAUUUUGGCACUUGGAAACUACAUGAACAGCAGCAAAAGAGGAGCAGUGUAUGGAUUCAAGCUGCAGAGUUUAGAUUUGCUUCUUGAUACCAAGUCAACUGACCGGAAAAUGACCUUGCUGCACUACAUCGCCAACGUGGUCAAAGAGAAAUACCCACAAGUGUCUCUGUUCCACAAUGAGUUGCACUAUAUUGAAAAGGCAGCAGCAGUGUCGCUGGAGAAUGUCCUGCUGGACGUUAAGGAGCUGCAAAGAGGCAUGGAGCUGACCAGGAGAGAGUACAGCAUGCACGGUCACAACACCAUGCUUAAAGACUUCAUCACACACAACGAGAGCAAGCUGAAAAAGUUGCAGGAUGAUGCCAAAAUUGCACAGGACGCCUUUGAUGAGGCUGUGAAGUUCUUCGGAGAGAACUCUAAGACGACGCCGCCAUCUGUUUUCUUCCCAGUGUUUGUGCGAUUUGUGAAAGCCUACAGGCAAGCGGAGGAGGACAAUGAGCAGAAGAAGCGGCAGGAGCAGCUCAUGAUGGAGAAACUUCUAGAACAGGAGGCUAUGAUGGAGGAAGACCAGAAGUCUCCCUCCCAUAAAAGCAAGCGGCAGCAGCAGGAACUGAUCCAGGAGCUCAGGAGGAAGCAGGUGAAGGACAGCCGUCACGUCUACGAGGGCAAAGACGGCACCAUCGAGGACAUCAUCACGGAUUUGAGGAAUCAGCCUUACAGGCGAGCGGACGCCGUGCGGAGGAGCGUCAGAAGGCGCUACGACGAUCAGAACCUGCGGCCGGUGAACAAUGGAGAAGUGGUCAUGUGACGAGGGGAAACAGAGGACGUGCAGGAGAGGAUGGGAGGAGAGGAACGUGGAUGGAUGGUGGGAAGGAAAGUCCGAUGCAGAGCAAAGGAUAUCGGGUGUUUGUAGCAAAUAACGAGAGGACUAUAUAUGCGCUAAUAUCAAACAAUGAAGGACUGAGACGUGUUUGGGACCGAAUUUAGCGUAGAAAUCAAGCCAAGUGCCUGAACUUUUUUGUUUUGUGAUCUUUUUUUGUCUUCUGUGUGAAUAUUUUAAUUAUACCCCCAGUUCCCCGGUACCCUUAAGCAAUACACCUUGAGUUGGCUUUAAUGUUGAUAAGAUAUAAAACUUGACAUGCAGUGGCCUUAGGAGCCAUGUGAAACAGUUAUCCUGGAAAAACUACCUUAGAAUGUACUGGAAGUUUUUGGCCCUUUCCUCUGUUUCUUAACUUUUGACACAUUCCGGUGCUCUCAUUCAAUCCCCACAAACCUUUUUUAAUCAUCUCAUUCAUCUUUUAAUAAAUCGGGGUGAGCUGGCAUGAGGAAAGUGAGCAAAAUGUAUUUAAGACUAUAUUUUUACUAAAAUAUGUUUUAAAAAAAGAAAAAAUAUGUUGGGGGGGGGAACCCACUCUAAUGUGAACUGUAUUUAUUGCAGACAUCUACAUACUUUCUGCAGCGCCUGGCAAAAGUAUUCGUACUGCUUAAACUUUUUGUUUUUAUUUGGAAUUUAUGUUAUAGAUCAACACAAAGUGGUGUGUAUUUGAAGCAUGGUUUUAGAAAUAACUUGAUGUAAAAAAUCUCAAAAGUGUGGCAUGCAUUUGUUUUCAUGUGCCCCAGGCAAAUUCUUUGUAGAGCCCAUUUUAGCAGCAAGUCUUUUGAGGCAUGUCUGAAGCAGCGCAACAUGCCAAUUUUUAGAUGGUCCCUGCUUAAGAAAAGCAUCCCACACAAUAAUGCUGCCACUACCAUGUUCCAGACUGUUGAUAAGAGUUCAGGGUUUAUUAACGUUACUGGCCUUCCGGAUAUAUAUGUAUAUUUAAAAUCUAAAAAUUAUGCAUCCUUAUUUUAUUUUAUUUUUUUCAAUUUCGCAAUUGCGCACAAAUUUGUGUUGAUCUAUUGUUUAAAAUCCUAAUAACGUGUCAGAUUUGGGAUGCAAACACUUUUGCAAGACACUGCAUAUUUGCUGUUAUAUUCAAUGAAAGAUUUUGUAGUUUUUAACUGAGAACCAUUCCUACUUUAGCUUCAAUUUAAAUAUUUGCUUUAGUUUUAAACCAACAGCCUUUUCUGUGGUUUUGGGAACAACUAAAGAGAACUUUAAGCCUAUAAAGCAACAUUACGCAUUUCCUACGAUGUUCUUAAACUACCCCACACAAUGACUUUAGUAAAACUUGAUACAAUUGAACAAUAAGUUGCUACUGUCUUCUCACUUUACUGUAUUUUUAAUGUAUAGUAUUUAACCACUGAAACAAAACCAUUGAAGCUUUUCAUAUUGUGUGUUCGUCAUUAAAAGCAUGACCACACAAAAGUUUCCUGUACAGAUAUUUUUCUACAAUUUCUUUUUUUUAAACUUACUUUGUCAGAUGGUUAAUAAUGUACAUACUGUUAAAACAAGUAUUCUUUGCCUUGUGCUAUACAACUUUGAAUGUUACUUUAACUUAUAGUUUUUUUUCCAGUUUUUGUGUAUUUAAAUAAGCCAAAUGCAGGCAUAAAUUCACAAUAGUAUGUUUUAAUCAGAAUUUUUCACUGUUGCACAGAAGGCACAGGAUUGUUACGUUUGUUUGGGUUGCAGGUGCAUCACUGCUAAAUGCUCAGAUAUAAAAACAUUAACACAUUUCAGCUGAAUGGCCACACUAACCAUUAAAACUAUUAGUUGGCCUGUAAUGAACUGACAGAGCGAUACUGCGUCCUGUUAAAGACAGUGCUACUCUGCUUGUUUUUCUCUCAGCUUCACUGCGUUUGAUUAGAUGAUGCUUCCAACUGGGUACUAGUGGGAUUUUCUCCUCUUACCACAACUGUAUUGUAGACAGGUCUUAGUUCUAAAUAACCCUUUUUUAAGAAUAUGUGAUAUGAGAUUUUCAAGAUAUAAAAUAAACUAUUUA